AUGCCAGCGCCUUUUGUCCUAGCUUCGCGCUUGGCCGCCCACACGGGCGAUGUACGUGCUUUGGCAUCGUACACAUACAACGACGGCACGACUCUGCUACUCGCUGGCUCGCGCGAUCAGACAGCCUCGUUCCUCGACCAUGGCAGUGGAUUUGUCAAUGCUGUUGCCUUCUUUCACGAUGGAUCAUCACUGUAUGCACUCUUGGCAGGUCAAGAUACGCUGAUUUAUGCGUUCCCUGUUCACUACGACGCUGGUCGUGUUCACGUACCCUCCACGCCACACUACUCGCUCGUGGGCCACACGGCGAAUGUAUGCACUCUGCGCUCGUACGGCUCCGAGUACUUUGUGAGUGGAAGUUGGGAUAGCACCAUUAAAGUAUGGAAGCAUUGGACAUGCGUGGCCACAUUGACGGGACACACACAGUCCGUAUGGUCUGUGUGGCCUGUGGAUGAGGAUCGUCUUUUAUCAGCCUCUGCAGACAAAAGUGUAUGUCUAUGGUCGAUCGGCGAGCCUACUGAGCCACUCAAGGCAUGGUCACAGGCCACACAGGCCGUCCGUGACGUGAUGGUUUUGUCUUCGUCGCACAUUGUGGCGGCAGGCAACGAUGGGCACAUUCGGCAUUGGGAUAUGGCCUCGUUAGCUGUGGAGACUAUCGCGACACUCCCAGCCUUUGUGUAUGCACUUGCUCCGCUGUCCGCCACGAGCUUCGCAAGCAGUGGCGAGGAUCGCUGUGUACGUAUUUGGUCCGGUCAUGCGUUGGAGCAGCUCUUGCCCAUCCCUGCCGUGUCAGUGUGGUGCGUAUGUGCCCUGUCGAAUGGCGAUGUGGCAUGCGGCGCCAGUGAUGGCUAUAUCUAUGUGUUUACUCGCGACCCCGCGCGUGCAUCGUCGGGCGACGAUUGCGCGACGUACACCAAGGAUGUUGCGACGCAGGCCCUCACCUCUGCUGACGUUGAUGGCGUACGUGCGAUUGAUGCGGGUCCUGAGACAACACCCACGACCGACGGCACGACGGAAGGUGAAGCUUGCUUAGUCCACCAUGGCUCUCAGACUUUGCGGUUCCAGUGGAGCACAGGACUGCGUCAGUGGGUCCAAACGGGCAUGGUCUCUGAGAGUGCCAAGCCUUCUCAAAAAACCGUAUAUGAGGGCAAAGAAUACGACUACGUCUUUGAUGUGGACAUUGCGGACGGUGUGCCACCGUUAAAAUUGCCAUACAACGUUCACGACAAUCCUUUUGUGGCCGCUAGUCAGUUCCUGGAAAAAAACGAAUUGCCAGCAUCGUUCCUUGAUCAGGUGGUACGCUUCCUGGAAAAGAAUACGCAGGGCGUCCAAGUCGAUACGGCGCAGGCAGCUCCUGUGGAUCCAUACACGGGUGCUACUCGCUACACGCCAGCAUCAGCAGCGGCGACGCCGACGCCGACGCCGGUCUCUGCCUCUCUUAGUGUGCUGCCACAAACGGCCUACCAAGCUUUUACAAAUGCGCAGCUUUCAUUGGCCCAUACCAAGGCCCUGGAGCUGAGUACGAGCGUCCCAGGCGCUACGUUGUCCGACGAGGACAAAGCCGCCCUUGCAUCUCUUAUCACAGACUUGGAGCAAGGCCAAGGCAUCGUACAUGUGGACGUAUUGCAUCACUUGCUCUCUACGUGGCCAAUCGCCGCACGCUUUCCUCUGUUGGAUCUGCUGCGUGUAGCCGCAUCGCGUGCGUGCUCACUGCCUUUUGAGACGCUCAUUACCGAUGCUUUGGUGGGUGCCGAAUGGGAUGCUCUCGAGGCCUCGACGGAUGCCAAAGUCGCGAGUAUGAAUGCCAUGCUUGCCCUACGUACACUGGCCAACGGCUUUGUGGCGCCGAAUGGUCCUGCUACGAUGCAAGCUUUGGCCCUGGAAGCGCUGGCGACGCUGCAACAGCCGCCUUGGUCUGUUUUGCAGCGCCCUGGCCGUACCGCCUUGUCCACCGUGGCAUUGAACUACUCGAUCCUCGCCGUGCAAGCGCCCUCUUUUGAGCAGGCAGGACUCCUGUGUGAUUUACUUACAGACGUACGUUGA